AUGGAGCAAUGCACUCCUUUCCAUGAACAUGUUCCUUCUCAUGAAAGCUGGCAAAUGGAGCAACUUGGUAGUUUUGUCCCUGCUAGGCAUGGUGGGCUGUUGUGCAACCCCUUGGAGCCGCCCACCACCUGUUCAAUGGGAAACUCCAAAGAGCUUCCCCAUUUUGUGCAGCAGCAGCAGUUGCUGCGUGGAGCUGCCCACCACCUGACGGGAAACUCCAAGGAGCUUCCCCAUUUUGAGCAGCAGCAGCAGCAGUUGCUGCAUGGAGCCGCCCACCAACUCCUCGACAGGAAGCUCGCUGAUAACUUGGACUGUUAG